AUGGACCAAUGCCUGCUUGGUCACCGGGGUUUUUUAGCAUAUCCUAGUGCCAACCAAUAUCCAAUGCACCUACAGAAUGGUAGUUACCCCUUUCAACAUGGCAUGGAAGGCCUGGUAUCUCGUAUUAGUACAGGCUCCAUUAUGAGCAAAUUCCAAGGUACCGAGGAUAAUAGAACCGAUGGUGGGGAAAUCGAAUCGCCAUGUACAUCCUCUAGAGUUGAUGAAUGUUUUGCGGAUGGACCACGUGCAGAAGAUAACAGACCCGAUGGUGGGGAAACUGAAACCCCCAUAUCCAGUGCUGGAGAAUCUGUGAAAGUGCAAAUGGAUGGUGAUGAUGUGCCAAAGUCCAAGAUGGAGUUUAAUUCCUUAGAAGAUUUAAUGAGUUACUAUAAGGAAUAUGGGAAGAAAUGCGGGUUUGGGGUGAUGACAAAAAGAAGUGAGAGGGGAGAGGAUGGGACUGUUAGAUAUGUUACGCUUGCCUGUGCCCGUGGUGGGAAGGCCCGGAAUAGAAUUUUGAAUGUCUCCAACCCUCGUCCGACAGGAAAGACUGAAUGUAAGGCAAAGAUUAAUGCCUCAAAAACUCCUGAUGGAAAGUUUCGGCUGAAUUCAGUUCACAAUAUCCAUAACCACAACCUUAGCCCAAAGAAAUCACGCUUCUUUCAAUGUAAUAGAGAAGUAAGUGAAUCCGUAAAAAGGGUCCUUGAUACAAAUGAUAUGGCUGGCAUUCGAAUGAAUAAGAGUUUUGGAUCUCUUGUUGUUGGCGCGGGUGGAUUUGAGAACCUCCCGUUUUUGGAAAAGGAUUGUCGUAACUACAUCGACAAGGCACGACAUCUACGACUGGGCGCAGGUGGUGCUGGCGCAGGUGGUGCUGGGGCGCUUCGAGACUACUUUUUACGAAUGCAGUACAAAAAUCCGGGGUUCUUUGCAUUAAUGGACCUGGAUGAUGACGGGAGGUUAAAGAAUGUAUUAUGGGCGGACCCCCGUAGUAGAGCAGCCUACCAAUAUUUUGGUGAUGUGGUCACAUUUGACACCACAUACCUGACAAAUCGAUAUGGGAUGCCCUUUGCACCAUUUGUUGGUGUAAACUACCAUGGGCAAUCAAUUUUGUUGGGAGUUGGCUUGAUUUCCUCAGAGGAUACAGAGACAUUUGUGUGGUUAUUUCAGACUUGGUUGCAGUGUAUGGAUGGUAUAGCCCCUAAGGCUAUUAUCACUGAUCAAGACAGAGCGAUGAAAAAUGCUAUUUCAAUUGUUUUCCCCGAGAGCCGGCAUCGAUUCUGCCUUUGGCAUAUACUUAAGAAAGUACCCGAAAAGCUUGGGAGCUAUGCUUCCUACAAGACUGGAAUGAAAACUGCACUAAUGAGAUGUGUGUAUGACAGCCAAAGUCGGGAAAAUUUUGAGAAAUGUUGGGAUCAGUUCAUCACCAUGUACAACUUGCAUGAGAAUGCAUGGCUGCAGAGUUUAUACACUGAGCGUGAGUAUUGGACAAACUUGAAAGAGUUUGUCGAUCAAUAUGAUAAUGCCUUGAAAAAGAAAAUUGAGAACGAAAAUGUAGCGGAUUUCCACUCAUUUAAUGUCACUAUUCACUGCAUCUCAAGAUCUCCCAUUGAAAAGAGAUAUCAAGAUUUGUACACGAAUGGAAAGUUUAGGGAAGUUCAGCAACAACUUGCCCGCGUUAUCGACUUGGACCCAGUUUUACUGAAGGUGGAUGGUACUAUAAAGACCUAUGGUGUGGAGGAUGAAGUUUGUCUCGAAGAGUUCACUAGUUAG